AUGAAGAUAAUAUGCUCUAACGUGCCUGAGUCAAAGGCAAACUCUAUCAAAGAUAGACUACUGGACGACAUGAAACAGUGGGAAUCCAUAUGCCGAGCAAUUGGAAUGCAGCCUAAACAGGCUAGCUUAUGUCGUAUCAUCCGCCACCUCAACUCACUUCACUAUGGCGAGCAGAGACUACUUCAAGUGACAUUGCAGUCCGGUAACGAAGCAGAGACAGUCCUCUUGUCAGCUCACCGUCUUCGUGAUUCAUCAUGCGGAGUUCGCAUAUUCCCGGAUAUAUCUUGGAGUGAGCGUCGACAACGAAAACAAAAUCCUGGAGAACACCGCAAGCAAACUGAUGAAAGAUCCAUCUUUGUCCAUGGUGUCCCCGAAACACAGGCACCGGAAGAGUCGCAGGUCAAAGCUCAUGACUUAGAAGAGUGGCGGUAUUUCCGCGAAGCACCAUCUCUCCACGACGUAAUUGCCAGCUCAACAUCGAGGUUACCCAUAUCGCCAAACUACAAAGGAAGUGGUCCACGAGUGCUUAAAGUCUUGCUUUACUCCAAACAAACGGUUGAAACGGUGCUCGGGAAUUGGCACAAGUUCCGCACCAAAUUGCCAUCAGAAAUACGUCUGAAGGCGGUUGGAACCAGGCCACCAAUGGAUAAGGGAACACGAAACCAGCAAGAAGUAGUCGCGAUCCCCGCUGUCUGCAUUUCUGUACCGGAACACAAUGAGACGCCCCAGCCGUACGAUGAAGAAGGAAAAGACAGUCUGCUGCAGAUCGACUCAGGGCGCUGUAGGCUUCCCACCGUAAUGGCCCCGGGAAGUUUGCAAGAGACACAUCAAAAAAACGUCCCUCAGCCGACCCAACAAGGGUCGGCGUAA